AUGGAUUAUUGCUGGGGUGGUGUCUCCGUGACAGAGCCUCCAAAGUCUGCUAAAAGCACCACAAAGCCCAGCAGCGGCAGCAGUGGUGGGAAGGAUGGUGGGGCAGAGAAUUCAGAGGAGGUCCAGCAGCAGCAGCAGCAGCCGCCACCACCGACUUCAAAUAAGCGCCCCAGUAACAGCACCCCCCCGCCAACGCAGCUGAAUAAGAUCAAGUACUCCGGAGGACCCCAGAUUGUAAAGAAGGAGCGACGGCACAGCUCCUCCCGCUUCAACCUGACCAAAAACAGGGAACUGCAAAAGCUCCCUGCCCUCAAAGAUGCUCCCGCUCAUGAACGAGAAGAGCUCUUCAUACAGAAGCUGCGACAAUGCUGUGUUCUCUUCGACUUCAUCUCCGACCCACUCAGUGACUUGAAGUUCAAGGAGGUGAAGCGAGCUGGUCUCAAUGAGAUGGUGGAGUACAUCACGCAUAACCGGGAUGUCGUCACCGAGGCCAUCUACCCUGAAGCUGUCAUCAUGUUUUCAGUGAACCUCUUCCGGACCCUCCCCCCCUCAUCCAAUCCAACCGGAGCAGAGUUUGACCCCGAGGAGGAUGAACCCACACUAGAAGCUGCCUGGCCACACCUCCAGCUGGUGUAUGAAUUCUUCCUGCGGUUCCUGGAGUCGCCCGACUUUCAGCCAAAUAUAGCCAAGAAAUACAUUGACCAGAAGUUUGUACUGUCACUGCUGGAUUUGUUCGACAGUGAAGAUCCCAGAGAGCGGGACUUCCUGAAGACCAUCUUACACCGGAUUUACGGGAAGUUCCUGGGCUUGCGAGCGUACGUGAGGCGGCAGAUCAACAACAUCUUUUACAGGUUUAUCUAUGAAACAGAGCAUCACAAUGGGAUUGCAGAGCUGCUGGAGAUCUUGGGCAGUAUAAUCAAUGGGUUCGCUUUGCCUCUGAAGGAAGAGCACAAGAUGUUCCUCAUCCGGGUCUUGCUACCUUUGCACAAGGUGAAAUCGCUGAGUGUCUACCACCCACAGUUGGCGUACUGUGUUGUGCAGUUCCUGGAGAAAGACAGCAGCUUGACCGAACCGGUGAUUGUGGGCUUGCUGAAGUUUUGGCCGAAAACGCACAGUCCCAAGGAGGUGAUGUUUCUGAACGAGCUGGAGGAAAUACUGGAUGUGAUCGAGCCCUCUGAGUUCGUGAAGGUCAUGGAGCCCCUGUUCAGGCAGCUGGCCAAGUGUGUUUCCAGCCCACACUUCCAGGUGGCCGAGCGAGCGCUGUACUACUGGAACAACGAGUACAUCAUGAGCCUGAUCAGCGACAAUGCAGCCAAAAUUCUCCCCAUCAUGUUCCCGGCACUCUACAAGAAUUCCAAGAGUCACUGGAACAAGACGAUCCAUGGCCUGAUCUACAACGCCCUGAAGCUGUUCAUGGAGAUGAACCAGAAGCUGUUUGAUGACUGCACACAGCAAUACAAGGCAGAGAAGCAGAAGGGGAGGUUCAAGCUGAGGGAGCGAGAAGAGAUGUGGCACAAGGUUGAGGAGCUGGCCCGGCAGAACCCCCAGUACCCCAUGUAUUACGCUCCCCCACCCUUGCCUCCGGUUUACUGCAUGGAGACAGAGACCCCAACUGCAGAGGACAUUCAGCUACUGAAGAAAACGGUGGAGACAGAGGCUGUGCAGAUGCUGAAAGACAUCAAGAAGGAGAAGGUUUUGCUGCGUCGGAAAUCUGAGCUUCCUCAGGAUGUCUACACUAUAAAAGCCCUGGAGGCCCACAAGAGAGCAGAAGAAUUCCUCACCUCAAGCCAAGAGGCGCUCUGACGGGCUAGGGAGCUGCCCUGGGAGGCCUGGCCCCCAUUUCCCCCCCCCCCAGGGGUACCCAGAAAUGCACUUGGUUCUAAUGUAUAACUAGGGAAUGAACAUGGUGAGCUGUGCCUGUCCACGCCAUUCUCAUUCUUUCAGGGUAGAUUUGGUUUUACAUUGUACCUCGUAUCUCAUUGCAUUGUCACAUCCUCCUGCUUUUUCCUUUAACGCUGUUUUGUGUGCGCGUUUGCAAAGGGAGCCCAGCCAGUCCAUUUUCGCAUCAUUCCAGGCAGGAGUCAUUCCAUUCCCUACUACUUACUGACGCAGGACCAAAGCCUCCCCCAAAUGCUCAGUGUCUGGGUGGGAUUCCUCAGCCAGAGACUACAUCACAUGGUUCUGCACACAGCCCAAGGCCCUGUGCACGGACCAUCCUCCACACCCACCCCUGCUCCAUCUGUGCAUCAGAGACCCGUAGCCAUGACAGCGGAGAGAGGCUCGGUUGGUUGAAUCAAGUCCAUCGACAGGGCAGGUUUGUUCACUACAGUGAAUUCUCAAGGGCCUUUUCCAGUCGCAUUGUAACUGUCCUCGAUGGGAGGUGAUUCCACCGGUUAAUAAUCUGGCUUGGCAAGAACAGAUAUGUACCUUAACUUUUCCUUUACUUAACUGAAUCUCCCCAGUCUGUUCUCUCCCCCUCCUCCCACCCCCACCAUAAGGUGGGCUAAUCCUUUUCUGGGUGAAGUGCUCUGCACUCUCUGAAUGUAAGCACCUUAUUACUCAUAUUCCUUUGUACCCCCCCAAAUAAUUACCUUCUCCCUUCUUUGGUUAGCAUGAUUCCCCCACCCCCCAAAGGUUUUUAUUGGCCAAACUCUAAUGAGGAAAGAUUGUCACUUCCUCCAACCAGUGUUGCUCCCGUCUUAAGUUCCCUCAAACUUGUCACUGUAUUUCCAGUAAUGAAGUGCCCGAAUUUAACAUGCUAUUCCAGGAGCACGUGACCAAUGUGUCCCUGCUCUGUGAUGUGUCUGCAUACUCAACCCCAAGUUGUGCUAGCCUCGGUUCGUUGCCAUAUCCCGGGGGCAUCCGCUGCUCCAUCGCUACGCCAGCCGUCGGGUCCAGGAAGCUUGUGCUGGUAGCCUCGCUCCUGUGAGCCGCCGGCAGUAAAGUGAUAGGCGUGUCUUGGGCCACUUUACGUUUGGAAGCAUUCUGUUGCUCUGCAUUUUGGAAUCUGUAGCUGCUGCAGGUGUUGAUCAAGGCUCACCUUACGCUGGCCACGUAGGAGGAUAGUUCUCGUCUGUUGUGCAGCUGUUCGUUCUCUUGUAGCAUAGAAGGGACUAGUUAUGCUAUUUCAUCCUUAGGAAUGUAUUUGCCAAUAGCCCAGGGAGGUAAUCUUCACCCUGGCAGGUAAUCUAUGGGUGCUAUUGGCCGGGGUGCUGCAGUGUUUUGGUGGUUCUCUCCUGAGCACUCGAUUUUGUAUCCCAGCUCUCCCCAUUGUCACCGUGGGGAGGCUAGUUUUUAAAGGGCGGGAGUGGGUUCGCUGAACCUUUAAACAAAUACUGGCCUCACUCAUAACAGAUUGACAGCACCGGCCAACCCACUCAAGCCCUAACUGCAUUUCCAAAUGGAAAAACCCGAGUAUCAUGUCUGCUCUGCCUGUCUAAGGGUAUUCCCUGCUCCAGCUCUGGGGUGUCUGUCUGCUAGGGUUCCCCUUGGGAGACAGUGCUCUAGCCUCCUACUUCUCACUCCUGACCUUCAGCCUGAUUUUCCUUCCUUAACUUCACCCCACUGCUCCUACGUCAUUCCCACCUCUAACUCAUGUUAAAUUCCUCUCGUUUAAACCCUUCACAGGUAUCUCCUCUCCCCCUCGCCCUAUUUAGCUUUCUCCUGAGUCAUUCCUUCCACACCCUGGCUCAUUCACAUUCUUUUGAAUUCCCUCAUGCUAGAUGUGCCCGUCUUCCCCCAGAAGAGGUGGAGGGGAUGGUAAUUUACAUAGUACGUUCUUUAAUCCUUUGGAGAUCUUUCUCUCUUCUCUCCCAGCCCCGAACAGAACAGCCUCUCCUGUCUGCUUCACACUGGGGGCUACUUCAAGUCUCUUCUGGAUCCAUGAAUCAGAUUGGGGAGGUUACUGCUUACUUUGAGUGUUAGCAUGGAGCCAGGUGCUAACACUUACCACAUACCUGGCCCAGCACCUCCACUGGCUACGUAGCAGCUGUUAUACUGGAGUAGGGGCAAGGAAGGUAGGCAAGAGUCUGUGGGGAUGGGUGGCUGAGCCCUUUAUGACACUGGUGGAGCAGAAAGGGGCAUUGGGCUGAGGGAAUGGAAGGGGAAGAACUAAGAAGGCGGCUUGGCCUUGGUUGUAACACACAUUAGCAAGCUGCCUGUCAGCCCACCCCUGAAUUGCUCCAGAAGGUUCCAGGGAGCAGGCACUGCCCCACUGGAGAGUGCAGCGGGAGUAGAUGGCUUGAACGCUGUAAAGAAGUGGUUUGGCUGUAGAAGAGAUGGAGGCUGUAACUGCAUUUCAGGCUAGGAUUUUCCUGGGGGUGGGCUCUGGUGCCUGUCCUGAAGUGAGCAGCAGUGAAACUUUCCAUGUCUAACCAGGACAGCACCACUGCCUGGGUGGGUUGUACCUGCAGCACAGGAACGGAGCAUUGUGUGCUGGAUGACUUAGACGAAUACACAGCCCUCUGCUUAAUCUUCUUGGGGGCAGGGAAGUUUGUGUUCAGUACUUUAACAUUAAAUUUUGUUUGCUGCCUAUUCAUUCCCAUGUCCUAUAUAUGUAAGGUGGGGCAGUGUGAGAAAGGGGUGAGUGCAUGCAGCACCUCUGCAGAACUAUCAUCCGACAGAAUUACAGCCAGGACACGGCCCUUGGUAACUGUCUGCCAGGCCCUUGUCUUUUGUACAACAUUUAUUUCCUAGUAUUCUGCCUGUGCCCUCCCCACUCGCACAGACAGAGUUGGAGCUGCCUCUGCCACUUCUCACAUAGCCCCUCCCCUCAUGAGGGAAAAGCAAAACUAAACAAUGCAGUCACCCCCUGGACACAAGUAUUAAACUGCUUACAGGUCAUAUGUACAUAUGGUGUACUUUAUUUUCAGUAGAGCAUUAUAGUAUGAAAGUGUUGGAUUUUGUACAGAUGUCCCUGUAUGUACAGAACUAAAUAAAAUGGAUCUCUUGAAA